AUGCAGGCAGCACAGGUGUGGGCGGUGGUCGGCAGGCACCUGCAGGACGAGGAUUUGGUUGUGUGCCUCUCACGCGACUCAAUUACACUGGUGCUGGGCCUGCUGAACAAACUGCUGCGCACCUUCCAGCAGCUGGCGACUGCGCCCGCCACUGGCGAGGCCUCGGCGGGGAAGAAGCCAAAGCAGAAGCUGGACCCCGAGACCACCCAGCAGAGGUGGCAGGCCCUCUUCCCGAACGACCCCAAGCUCGUGGCCAGGCUGACACGCGGCCACUGA